CAGAAAUGGAAAAUCUUCCCAAAAUAUGUGUAGAUACUACUGAUGCGUUUAUGACGACGGAAAGAUUUGGUACACGAGAAGAGGUUAUCAGAUGGAUUAAAAAGGUUGGAAUCGACAAUAAAGUAACUGUUAUUAUCAGUCGUUCAGAUACUGAAACGGGGAAGAGAGGGAGAAGUAACAAAAUAAUAUUUGGUUGUGAUAAAGUGCUUCCAAGAAAUGUGGAUGUCCAUUUAAAAUCAGGUCGACUCCGGCGAAAGAUGGAUCUGGUUGGAAGAUUGAUGUAAAAUGUGGGUUACAUAAUCAUGGUUUACCUGAUAGAUUAGAAGGUCAUUCGUUUAUUGGUAGGUUGACCACAGAUGAGAAGCAACAUGUCGCAGAUUUGGCAAAGAGACAUGUAGCACCUAGAAACAUUUUGCUUUCCUUGCAAGACAAGUUUCCUGAGAAUGUCACUCGGAUUACACAAGUAUACAAGCAUAAGAGUGUGAUAGAAAAAGAGAUAAGAGGUCCAAGGAGUGAGAUACAACAUUUGUUUAAGCUUAUUGAGGAUGCAUGAUAUGUGUAUUGGAGUAGAAAACAGGAUGACUCGGAAGUGGUGAAAGAGAUAUUUUGGGCACAUCCUGAUUCAGUUAAGUUGUUGAAUAUAUUUCCGAUUGUGUUAGUUAUGGAUAGCACCUACAAGACAAACAAAUAUAGACAACCUUUGUUUGAAAUUGUUGGCAUGACAUCGACUGAGUUGACUUUUGCUGUUGGAUUUGCGUAUAUGGAGUCUGAGCAAACAGAGAAUUUUUGCUGGGUACUGGAGAAAUUAAAAGAGUUGUUUGUGAAGAAAGACAUGUGUCCACAAGUGAUUUUGACAGAUAGAGAUCUUGCUUUGAUGAAAGCAAUUGAAGUUGUGUUUCCCAACUCGAUUAAUUUGCUAUGUAGAUUUCACAUUAACAAAAACGUUGGUGCCAAAUGCAAACAACAUGUGGUGAAUGACCUGCAAAAGACGAUAGACACAUUAUGGAUGGAAGUUGUCUGGGCUAGUGAUGAGGUUGAGUAUGGUCAGCGGUUGCAUCAACUUGAGCAAGCAUGUGUUGAUUAUAGUGGAUUUAUUAAUUAUGUGAAAGACACAUGGUUGACUCCACAUAGGCAUAGAUUUGUUGGAGCAUGGAUUAAUCGAGUCCUACAUUUGGGUAACACAACGACUAAUCGGUACGUCUUAUAAUUUUGUAUGUGUUAUUUUUAUAUCUGAUAUUAUUUUUAUGUUUUUUUAUGUGUUAUUUUGAAUAUCUGAUAUUUUUUAUAUCUGAUAUUUUUAGGGUUGAAUCUGCUCAUUGGAAGUUAAAGCAGAUGUUAGGAAACAGUAUAGGUGACAUGGUCAAAUGUUGGGAAGCCAUGAAUAACAACUUGAGGUUACAACUGGGAAACAUUAGAGCUUCAUUUCAAAAGAGUUUUUACGAAGUUGAGCACACGCACGUAAGUCCCUUUUAUGGUUAUUUGCGUGGUUCCGUAUCUCGAGCUGCUUUGAGACGUAUUGCUGAAGAGUUAUUGAGAGUUGAUUAUGUUGGAACUAACAGGCAAAUAUGUGGUUGUACUCUUAGAACAUCUUAUGGGUUACCUUGUGCUUGUGAGUUAGGAAGAUACAGAGUAGGUGGUAUACCGAUACCCAUUGAUGCUGUUCAUGUUCAUUGGAGGAAACUAACUAUGGAAGUUGAGUUAGAGAUAGGUGAAGAUGAUGGAUCAGAGGUGGAUAUGACGGCUGCAAUGGAUGAGUUGUGGAGACGAUUUAGGUCAUUAGAUGUUAUUGGGAAAAGGGCAUUAAGGAGUAGGGUAUGUGAACUAGCAUACCCAACAAUGACAACAUUGUGUCCACCACCUGAGAAAAUAAAAACCAAAGGAGGAGUGAAGAAGAAAGGGAAAAAACCAGCAGAUUAUGAUGUUUAUAGGGACCCUUCGUAUCAUGAGUAUGUUGAUAAGGCAUCUCAAUCUUCACAAAGGCAAUCUCAACCAUCACAGACUUCGAAGAAGAUCAAAUUAUCAAAGAAGCAACCACAAUUCAUUGUUCAAUUUCCUAAUCAUAUUAGGUCAUACAUUGAAGAUGUAGUUAAUGUUGAAUCAGAUGGUAAUUGUGGAUUUAGAGUCAUUGCAUCGUUGCAUGGAUAUGGUGAGGAUGGUUGGUCAAUGGUUCGCAGAGAGUUGGGGUUGGAAUUAAUAGACAAGGAUAGGUCAACUUUGUAUGACAAGUUAUUUUCUAAUCGGUUGUCAGCUAUGAGAGAAUCUUUGAUGAUAGAAUCGUUUGGUUCACAGCCACCUGAAAAAUGGAUGAGUCUACCAGAUAUGGGUUACUUGAUAGCGAAUCGUUAUAAUGUUGUACUUGUCUGUUUAGGCAAUCCGUGCAUCACUUUCUUUCCGAUGACAAGUUCACAUUCACCAAAUGUCUCUAUUUAUUGCAUUGGUUUUGUUAACCAGAAUCAUUGGGUUCAGGUUAACAUGAAAGAGGGGUUUCCAUUGCCACCGGUCACAUUAGAUUGGAAGAAAUUUCGUUCUCAUAUAGCAACUACUUGGAUGCUAGGAUUUGCAGGACGUAUGCAACAUUGGCAAUUACUUACACCUGUAUUAGCAUGAUUAUGUAAUCAAAACAUAAAUAUGUAAUCAAAACAUGAAAUCUAUAUUAUUAUGUCUAUUAUAUUCAAAGCUUAAUACAUAUAAUCAAUGUGAACGAGAAA